AUGAUCAGACGCAGUCAGGCGCCAGUCGCCCGCGUCCUGCGGCCGCAUUUGCUGCGCGCGCUGUCGCUCGUCACGACGUCGAUCCUUGCGGUCGUUUUCUAUGGCUAUUGGGGGGGCGGCGAGCCCAAGGAGUGGGUCUACGACGCGCCGGCGCUCGACGCAGUGGACCUCGAGGGCCCCGACCGGCCGCGCAGUCUCUGGGCCCCGACGGACUUUGAGUGUCUCGGCUGGCGCGCGACGCACGAGUGCGAUCCGUACGGCCCGAGGGAUUACGCGCGCGACCGCACGUGCCACGAGCCGUUGCCGCGCACGAGCGGCUACUGUGAGGUCCGCAACCGCACGAGCGGCGCCGUGCUCCGCGUCAUGCUGGCCACGUGCAAGAGCUGGCAGUGGUACCUUGUGCCCUCGCUGUCGUGCAACGACGCGCAGGCGUAUACGGAUUUCAGCAUCCAGGCCGCCGUGUAUACGCACUCGCCGCGGAUUGGUCGACACCGAAGCGCCACGGACGACAAGACGAAGAAGAUGGAAGACGGUCAUGUUGAAGUGGACGGGCGAGGCAUUGUCAUGACGGCGUACCCUCGCGCGAUUGCAGGACUGUACGCGAUCGUCCGGACGCUGCGGCUCUUGGGCUGUGCGCUUGCAGUGGAAGUGUGGAUUGACACGAGGGAGAUACGGGCAACGCAUUCAGUGCUCGAGGAGCUCCAGGCGCACUACCACGUGCUCGUGCGGGUCAUUGAGGACCCGAACGCGUCGAAGUUCCAUGCGAAACCGUAUGCGAUCUACCACUCGAAGUUCGAGAGCGUGCUCUGGUUGGACUCGGACAACAUUCCCGUGCGCGACCCGACGUACUUGUUUGACACGCCCGAGUUUGUCAAGCACGGAGCCCUCUUUUGGCCAGACUUUUGGCGCCCGUCGAUUGGCACGCCGUUCAAUGUGCACCAACAGAGUGCGCUGUGGCCGCUGCUGGACAUGCCGUUUAUCGACAUGUUUGAGCAAGAGAGCGGGCAAUUGUUGGUGAAUCGCUCGCGCUCGCAAGCCGCGCUCUCGAAGCUCAUGUUCUACUCGUCCCAUAUGCCGCGGUUGCUUACCGAUUGGCAACUUGUGUGGGGCGACAAGGACUUGUUUCGUCUUGCGUGGCUAAACACGUCUACCCCUUUUUAUAUGGUGCAGCACCUCGUUGCGCCCGGCGGACUGUACGAUGCCGAUGAAGACUUUUUCUGCGGGAUCUCCAUGAUUCAGCGAGAUCCAAUGGGUGACAUCAUAUUCAUGCAUCGCAACCAGGCGAAACUGACUGGACUCCGUGAUCAGAAGCCGCUCAUCUUGUAUUUGCAGAAGUUCACGGGUGGUGACGGUACAGCAGCUUCGUCUGCGCGAGACCUGGACAAGUACCGCGUGAAAAGCAAGAUGCGUCGACUAGGACAGCACACGUGCUUUUUGUUGGCGCCAUACACACUCGACGGUAGUGCCACUCCGUCAUUGCUCCUCAGUCUCGAAGAGACAGAGUACGCGCGAAUCGAGCAAUAUGCUAUUGGCUUUUCGAUCGAAGGCCGUGGGCUCUUUAGCAAAGAGGAGGAGGCCGAGGUGGCAAAACUGGAGGCCGACACGCAAGCGGAGCGAGAUGAGGAGACUGCUGCUGUUGUUAGAGCGUACGAAUGGUCAAAGUUUUGUAGGCGUGGAAUUCUCGGCAUUGUCGUUGUUGUCGCCUUAGGGCUGUGGCUACGAAGACGGUGGAUGCGACGGUACAGAAAGAGUCGCGCCAGGCUUGAAUCGAAGAACAUUUCUGUGUCAUCGCCGGCAGAGCUGCCAUCUUCUCACGUUACUUUGGCAGUAGACCCUGUCUUCACCGAAACCUCUGGGUCUUCCUCUGUCGUGUUUUCCAGCACAGCAUCCGAUUGUCGACGACGCAAUUCGUCCUUCCAACUUAAUGACAAAUGA